AGGGUGAGAUCGAGAUGGCAACAGAAUGCUUAGCCCUUAUUGGUGGACAAGCGCGCUAGACGCAUAGCCGCGGUGCUGGAGCUCAGAGACAGCUGCCUUCGUAUCUUCCCUUGGUGCUGUUGUAUCCGUCAUCGCAGCUUCCCAAUAUCAUCAGCCAUCUUCCUUCUGCUUACCGACUAUUAUCAAGCUCUUCCUCAGUGCUCAACGUCCUAUUAUACCUCAUUCAAUAACGUAGCAAGCUUUAUACAGCACCAACAUGGCGUCGGGCUACGAUAGAGCACUUUCAGUUUUCAGGUAAACGAGUUGCCAUUCAUCUCAUGAAUACCCUUGUCUAACCCAUUCCAGUCCCGAUGGACACGUCUUCCAGGUGGAAUAUGCUCUAGAAGCUGUGAAGAGAGGGACAUGUGCCGUCGGUGUCAAGGGAAAAGAUAUUGUCGUGUUGGGCUGCGAGAAACGAUCCGCCAUGAAACUCCAAGAUACCCGCAUCACGCCCUCGAAGAUCGGUUUAAUUGAUACCCACGUCUGCCUUGCCUUUGCCGGCCUGAACGCCGAUGCUCGAAUCUUAAUCGACAAAGCUCGACUAGAAGCGCAGUCUCACCGCCUGACCGUUGAAGAUCCCGUAACCAUCGAAUACAUUACCAAAUAUGUCGCCGGUGUGCAACAACGAUACACUCAGAGUGGUGGUGUCCGUCCAUUCGGUAUCAGUACUUUGAUUGUCGGCUUUGAUAAGGGUGAUAAUACUCCUCGGCUGUAUCAGACCGAGCCUUCUGGAAUCUACUCUGCAUGGAAAGCAAAUGCUAUCGGCCGCUCGAGCAAGACCGUCCGUGAAUUCCUCGAAAGAAACCACAAGGACAAUAUGGAUCGUGAAGCCACCCUUCAACUCACUAUCAAGUCGUUACUGGAAGUUGUGCAGACCGGCGCAAAGAACAUUGAGAUUGCUAUAAUGGCACCUGGCAAGCCCAUAGAGAUGCUUCCUACGGAGCACAUCGAGGCUUACGUCAAGAGUAUCGAAGCUGAGAAACAGGAAGAGGCGGCCAAGAAGAAGACUGGACGGACGCCGGGAACUGGAACAGCUGCCAUUCUGACACGAGCAGGCACUACAGGCGAAGGUUCUGAGAGCUAGAGUAGUUACGGAGUAUCUGGAUGGCAGAUGUAAUAGAGCAAGGGGCGAAUAUUACAAAUAAAUGGAAUUUUAUGUCGUGC